GAAUGUCAAAUUGACUACUUAUUUCUAUGUUGAUUUUUGCAGAAUUUUAAUAAAUUGCUGGUUAUGCUGUUUAAAAUAAAAAUGCCUGGUUAAGCAGUUCUGAUAUCCUAUUGAAACAAUCCCCAUAAAUCAUGGGUUGUUUUUUUUCUCUGGUGAAAACAUCAAUAAUAUUUGGCACGGGAUUGUAUGCUGGAGUAUACAUAGCACAAAAUUAUCAGAUUGACAAGGUUGAAGAUCCGAAGGUUCUUUUUGAAAAGGCACAAGCUUUCAUUAAAUCCAAAAUAGGAGGAGAUGACGGCAAAAAAGGUGGAAAGGACUGCUAAUAUUUUGAAAAUCAGUUUUAAGAAAAUAUCCUAUGAUUUUGUAAAUAUGUUUAUUAGUUCUUAUACAAUGAUAAUCUAAAUAAAUUAGCAUUAAAAACAGA